GAAGUAUGAAUACGAAAUGACAAUCGAGUUUAUUGUUUUUUUUUUCUUGCUGAUGUUGUUUUGACAAAGAGAGAACGUUUUUCAAUCAUUUACUGUCAGCUUACGUGGAUGAAUAACUCUAUAUUUCAACUUUUUGUCAGUUUCUUUCGUUUCCAGUUUCUUUCGUUUCCAGUCACUAGCCCACUAAAGACCUUAACCAAACCACGACAAGGACUGCAACGAGGACGUGGCAAAGUAAAAGAUCUAAAGGGUAGAACAAUAGCCAGCACGUGCGUUUUAAAACUUUGUAAGAGGUUAAGAUUUUCAAAAAUAUACAUUUCAAACAUAGGGAAGGAACAAUCCAACACUGGCCAUGAUUAUAUUUCACAUACUUCGUACUUCUCCACGUAGUUCCACAGUACAGCUUCAAAUUAAAGUUUGGGCUGCCUGUGCAACUACCUCAUUAUCGCGGUAGACUGGUAAUAAUUAACCUUCCAAGAUGGCGGCAAUAAAAUCAGCAAGUCUCUAAAAGAUAAACAUUCACUAUUUUCAUUCCUCUGGGACCUUCUUUAAACAAUCCUAUCCUUGGAUCGCUUAAAUUAUAAUCUGGCGUCUCUGGUGAAAGAUGAAGAGAGUUUAAGCCGCCUGUACUUCGAGAGAUCUUCUACAACGAACAAAAGAACAGCUGAUAUAUUGGAGUAAACGUUGCUUAAUAAUUUAUGCGUCUAAAACAAAUCUGACCACAGAAAUUUGCUCGAACAGGACAAGCUGAGAAGAUGCAUAAAGCUGUACUGACGCUAGGGUUACUCAUCAAUAUAUGUUCCUCGAUCUGUAUCGUUUUCCUGAACAAAUGGCUGUAUGUUCACCAUGGCUUCCCGAACAUGACUCUGACAUGUAUCCACUUUACCACCACGUAUAUCGGUCUCCGCUUGUGCGCUUUCUUCAAUGUUUUUCAGCCAAAGAGGUUGUCUGUGUUCAAAGUGGCUCCGCUUUCCUUGGCGUUUUGUGGCUUUGUGGUGUUCACGAAUCUCAGCCUUCAGAAUAACACAGUUGGAACGUAUCAGUUGGCCAAAGCCCUGACUACACCGACUAUUGUGGGAAUCCAUACGUUCUUUUAUAACAAGAGUUAUUCAACACAAAUCAAGUUAACAGUUAUUCCAAUAAUUCUCGGGGUGUUUUUAAACUCAUAUUAUGAUGUCAAGUUCAACUGGGUUGGCACUUUCUAUGCAAGUGUGGGUGUUAUAGUCACAUCUGUCUAUCAAGUGUGGGUUGGAACAAAACAAAAGGAAUUCCAAGCAAAUUUUAUGCAGCUCUUGUAUUACCAGGCUCCUUUAUCUGCAGCCAUGUUAGCAGUAGCUGUUCUCAUUUUUGAACCAGUGACAUCAGAGAAAGGACUUCUGUCUUCCUGGUCUGGAUCUUCAAUUCUGGUGGUAUUAUCGUCUGGUGUGGUGGCCUUCAGUGUGAAUUUAUCGAUUUAUUGGAUCAUAGGAAACACAUCUCCUGUGACAUAUAAUAUGGUGGGACAUUUAAAAUUCUGCAUUAUCCUCAUGGGAGGAUAUUUCAUAUUCCAUGAUCCACUCCGUACCAACCAAAUGAUGGGUGUAGCUACAACCCUAGCGGGAAUCAUAGCUUACACACAUUUUAAACUUGCCGAGCAGAAUACGGCAACACUCCCAAUAGUCACCAGAAAAGUCUAGAAUGGACCAUACAAACAAAAGAUGAUGAUAAAGAAAAGGAGAAAAAAAACUUUUACAAAAUAUUUUUCAGAAUAUAUUAAUCUUGGUACCAAGAAAGGUGUUGGCUUGUUUAAAGCAAAAUAUACACCAUUGCUGUGAAUAAUUUUCCUUCAGUGUCUUGUUUCCUUCAGUUUGUCCUGAAUGAAAUAAAUUAAAGUAGAUUAUAAACAAUUGGUUGAGGGAGAAAUGGUCCCCAUUUUAGUCCAGUACAUUAUUAUUGAUAUCAAUAGUAAAUAUUAUUAUUAUUAUUACUAUUAAUAUUAUUAAUUUUAAUCAGAUGUUUUACCAGGAAACCCUGUCACUGGUGUAAUUUUCUGAAAGGUCAGAGGGAAAAAUUCUUUCAGUGAGAGAUUAAAAAAACAAAGUAGAGCAAUUGGGUAAAGAGAAAACAUACAUUAAUUGAUUAAAUAAUAUUAUUUUUAUGAAGUAAUUAUAACUGCAUGUACUCACGGCUUAAGCUUUGUCAGCCCCUUUGUCAAGCGUUGAAUCAGCAAAACUAAGAUUUUUCAAACAAAUUAAGGGUAUGAGUUUCUAAAGAAACUGUGUUGCUGCAUGGCUGGGGAAGAAUAAUAGGAUAAUUUGGUUUUGUCAACUGAGUUGGCCAAUGUAAAAAGUUGCUAAACUGAUGUUUCAAGCAUAAGCCCUUCAUCAUUUUCCCAGACAAAGGGCUAACACUCAAAAUGUCAGUUUAGAAACUCUUCGCAGUGGCCAGUUUACAUUUUAUCAACUUGUUUAAUAAAACCAAAUUAUCUCCUUAAGAUUUUACAACUUGCCCUGUGACAUCAGUUUGGUUUUGGGGAAAAUUUAAGGUCUAGAUAGAGAUGGGUGUUUAGAUCCCAUUUCUUUGAUUAAGGUGAAAGGUGUAAUAUUUGCUGGAGAAGGCCUCAAAUCCUUUUUUUUGCUUUUAGCAGAACUGCUAAUAACAAGGAAACAAUUGCAUACUGAAACUGAAAAUACCAUGUUAUAUCUUUUUUUAAAGAUGUCCACUGUAGUUUGUUUUUCUGAAAGGUUUGUUGCUAGAUCAUGGCAAAAUGUUUUGGAAUACCAUAAUUUAUUUCUUUCAAUUAUAUUUAUUCAUAACUGAGCCUUAUUUAAUGGUAAGUUGUGCCUUUUAAAAAAGAGUAAAUGAUGAUACUCUAUAGAUAUGGUAAUACAAUAAUUAUUAUAAUUUCUGCAAUAUUUUCCUGGCAAUAUGAAGGAUGCCUCUUCGUGUGAAAAUUAAAGACAUAAAAAAAAAUCCUCGUUUGGUGUGGAUGUGUAUCAUCAUCAUAAUAAUAAUAAUAUUAAUAAUAAAUUUAGUGAUGGACAUUCCAUUGCUUGGCUGUUCUUGUCCACUGUUUCCAGAUCGAAUUGGAAUUAGGAAAGUCGGUUUUUUUUUAUCAUAACAUUUACAAACAAUAUGAUGUACAACAAUUUGUUUUGUUUUUUGUUCUUUUGCUUUUGCAUACAAUUUUUACUGUAGUUUCCUCCCACUCCAAAAAAAACUUAAUAGUUUGAAACAUGUACUGUAAAGUUGUGGGUUCAGAUGUUGACAAUACCAUGACAGAAUUUUCUUGUAAUUAAAUGGAGGCAAUUUAUUUGUAA